GAUAAAUGUGGCCUUUUUUUUUUUUUUAAAGUGUCAGGAAAAACAGGACGCGACUGAGCGAGUAACGGGAGGACAGAAGGACGGAAACCGGGAACGUUAGCUCAGCUUGCAGAGGAGAAAAGACGGUACUUUGACAGUUACGAGCCGCGGGGCCGCGCACAGAGAUGGAGCUGUCAGCGAUCGGAGAGCAAGUGUUUGCUGUGGAAGCAAUCCUGAAGAAAAGAGUUAAGAAGGGGAACGUGGAGUAUCUGCUGAAGUGGAAAGGGUGGCCUCCAAAGUAUAGCACAUGGGAACCUGAGGAACACAUUCUGGACCAGCGCUUGGUGCAGGCCUACGAAGAGAAAGAGCAGAGAGAGAGAACUCUGGGACACAGGAGAAAAGGAUCCAAAGCCAAAAGACUCAUUCUGCAGGAUACUGUCUACGCCAUGGAUCUCCGCAGUGCUCACAAGACUCCGGAGCAGCCUUCGCCUCGCCUGCGUCUCUCUCUGACGCGCUCCCUUCUCCCCGAGGACGAAGACCAACUGGCACAUGGAGAAAGCAAACCCAGGAGGUCGCAAUUCACGAACCUGGACUCAAACCCUCCAAGUCCUACGCAAGAGGACUGGGAAGGCCGGGGAGAGGAGGAAGAAGAGGAGGAGGAGGAGGAAGAAGAGGAGGACAAUGUAGAAAGUGAAGAUGAUGGAGAGGAGGAGGAGAAAGAGGAGGAUCUAAAAGAGACGACGGAGAAGAGCCAAGGCACUUUAAAUGGACAGGAGAGGACAGACGAGUGGAGCUCAGCUGUCGGACCAGACGAGGUAACGGCAUCAGAGAAGCCGGACGACGACGUCUGGUGGCCCGUCCUCGUCCCGGGGGAGGUGACAGUCACAGACGUCACGCUCAACGCCCUCACAGUGACUUUCCGAGAGUCGAGGGUGCCCAAAGGCUUCUUCAGAGACUGGGGCCAGUAG